AUGUCCUGCAGAGUUGGGAUCCUACCCUUGUCAACCCUUGCACAUGGUUUCAUGUCACAUGUAACAAUGAUAAUAGUGUCAUACGAGUGUGAGCUUCUUGCCCUUUUGAUGUACCUCGAGAACAAGAUUAAGAUUGAUCUUGGAAAUGCUGCUUUAUCUGGUCAGCUCGUUCCACAGCUUGGCUUGCUUAAGAAUUUGCAAUACUUGGAGCUCUACAGUAAUAAUAUAAGCGGACCAAUUCCUAGCAAUCUUGGAAAUUUGACUAGCCUGGUGAGCUUGGAUCUUUACUUGAAUAGUUUUUCUGGUCCCAUCCCAGACACUUUGGGCAAGCUGUCAAAAUUGCGAUUCCUGGAUCUUUCAAACAACCGCCUCUCUGGAGUGGUUCCAGAUAAUGGAGGGAAUGGUGCUACUGGAGCAAUUGCUGGAGGAGUUGCAGCUGGUGCAGCCUUACUAUUUGCUGCCCCUGCUUUAGCAUUUGCUUUGUGGCGUCGGAGGAAACCUCAAGAAUUCUUCUUUGAUGUGCCUGCUGAAGAGGAUCCUGAAGUUCAUCUAGGACAGCUUAAAAGGUUUUCACUGCGAGAAUUACAAGUUGCAACGGAUAGCUUUAGCAACAAAAAUAUUCUGGGUAGAGGAGGAUUUGGUAAAGUUUACAAAGGACGUCUAGCAGAUGGCUCAUUGGUGGCCGUGAAAAGACUUAAAGAAGAGCGUACACCUGGAGGAGAGCUGCAGUUUCAAACGGAAGUAGAGAUGAUAAGCAUGGCUGUGCAUCGGAAUCUUCUUCGGUUACGUGGCUUUUGCAUGACUCCAACCGAAAGACUGCUUGUUUAUCCCUACAUGGCUAAUGGAAGUGUUGCAUCGUGUUUGAGGGAACGGCCACCGUCACAGCCUCCUCUAGAUUGGCCAACACGGAAGCGAAUUGCAUUGGGACUGCAAGGGAGAGCUUUUGACCUUGCCCGGCUGGCAAAUGAUGAUGAUGUCAUGUUGCUUGAUUGGGUAAAAGGACUUCUCAAAGAGAAAAAGUUAGAAAUGCUAGUAGAUCCUGAUCUCCAAAACAAUUAUGUGGAAGCUGAGGUGGAGCAACUAAUCCAGGUUGCGCUGCUCUGUACACAAGGCUCCCCAAUGGAGCGGCCUAAGAUGUCGGAAGUGGUGAGAAUGCUUGAAGGUGAUGGUUUAGCAGAGAGAUGGGACGAGUGGCAAAAGGUAGAAGUUCUUCGUCAGGAGGUGGAAUUAGCCCCUCAUCCUAGUUCUGACUGGAUUGUUGACUCAACAGAAAACCUACAUGCAGUCGAAUUAUCUGGUCCAAGGUGA